AUGGCAAGUCGCAUCAUUAAGAGGAAGUUAGCGCGUGAAACCUACGAUUCGCUCCCAGCUACUCAAAAUCGCUCGCCUCACCAAGACCAAAACGGUUAUACGAGCCAGUAG